AAUACUACUGUAGUACACAACGGAUUUGAGCUUGUGGAAACCCCGAAACACAGCGUGGAAUUGCGCGCGCAAAGGAGCAUACAAAUACAUAUAGAUACGAAAAAGGAUCAAGAAGCAUGGGCCUCGACAACUUUGGGACCGUCAAGGUAGCAAAGGACUCGAGCGCCGUGUACAAGGACGAAUGCGUGCUCUCCUUCGACUCCCCAUUUACGCCAGGUGGACUCUACACCAACCUGAGCACGUUCGAGUCGUUUGGCGACCUCCAUCUCGCGGACGACAUCGCACGGACCAAGCAACAGGUGUACUUGCAUCAACAGUUUGUCAAAACGGGGGUGAAGAAGCAGGUGUUGGAGCAAGUCAGCAAGGUCGCUAUCGGAGUGGAGGGAGGAUUCAACGACGACGAAGUCAGCGUGACGAAAACGCUGGCCGUGGUGGUGUUCCAGGGUGACGAGAAGUUGACGUUUAAAUUGACCGAUCCGUCCCUUCCUGCAGUGAUUCGCGACUCUGUCGAGUCUGUUCUGAACCACCAAGGGCAUCACGUAUCGGAACAGGUGAAGAGCUGGCAAGAGGAAAUCGCCACGUCGCAAUAUGCCUUCGACCUGAUUCAACUGCCGAAGGAAGACUGCGCGCCGAUAUCCGGCAAUCCGUCGACGUGGGUCUGUGGCAGCGACACGUGCGACAAGAAGGAAAACUUGUGGAUGAACCUAUCAGAUGGGUAUCUUGGCUGCGGCCGGCGCAACUUUGACGGAUCGGGAGGAUGUGGCGAGGCGCUGCGUCACUUCGAAGCCACAGGCCGCAACUUCCCCCUCGCCGUGAAGUUGGGCACGAUCACUCCCGCCGGUGGCGGCGACGUAUACAGCUACGCCGAAGACGACAUGGUGCGGGACCCGAAUUUAGCGGCGCACUUGCGGCACUUUGGCAUUAAAGUGGACGAGCUCACCAAGACGGAGAAGACGAUCAACGAACUGACCGUGGAGCUCAACAAGAACUGGGACUUUGACUCGAUCAUGGAAGAAGGCAAGGACCUGGAACCGAUCUCGGGCCCGGGGUACAUUGGUCUGGUCAAUCUCGGCAACAGCUGCUACGUGAACUCGGUGCUGCAGUUGCUGGUGACGCUGCCCGAAGUCCAAGAGCGGUACCUCCGCGGCCCCUCAAGAUCGUCUUCGACCCCUGCCACGGACGUGUCGACUCAGUUUGCCAAGCUCGUGAAGGCCCUUCAUUCCGAGCGGUACGUCGCCGAGGAGCUUCGCCCGCUCAUGCUUCGCUCCGUGGUGGGCAAAGAUCAUGCCGACUUUUCAUCCAACCGCCAGCAAGACGCGAUGGAGUACUUGCAGCAUCUCCUAAGCGUGCUCGACGCCGCCGAAGCCGAGGACACGUUGACAUCGCCUUUGUUUGCGUUUACGAUGGAGGAUCGUCUGGAAUGCUUGACCUCGCAACAGGUCCGAUAUGUUUGUCGACGGGAGAACGUUCUGCAGCUCGGGAUUCCAUUAGACGCGGCCACGAACGCCGACCAAGUCCAAGAGUUCAAGCGCCAGAAGCUCGAAACCGACAAGGCCAUGGUGCCAGACGUUCCCUUUGAUGCGUGCCUUCACGAAGCAUUCUCCCCCGAACUGUUUGACGGAUUCUACUCGUCGGCACUCGGACGCAAAGGCCCGGCGUCCAAAACCAGCCGCUUCAACACGUUUCCCAAGUACUUGUUGGUGCAAAUGCAGAGGUAUUAUGUGUCAGAGGACUGGACGCCCAAGAAAAUGGACGUGUCGGUCGUGGUGCCCGAGACGCUGGACUUGACGCCGUUUCGCAGCACGGGAAAGCCAGCGCACGAAGUGUUGCUGCCCGACGACACAACUAUUUCGACCCGUACGCAACCCGACGCGGCGCUCGUGGCCGAGCUCGUCGCGAUGGGGUUCUCCGAGAACGGAUGCAAACGCGCGGCCCUGGCGACCGCGAACGCGUCCACCGAAGUCGCGAUGGACUGGAUCCUCACACACAUGGACGAUGCCGACUUUAAUAGCCCCAUCGCCCCAACAGCAGCAGCCUCCUCAUCUACCUCUGAACCGUCGGAAGACUUGGUGCAUAACCUGACGAUGAUGGGGUUUAGCCCAGUGCAGGCCAAAUGCGCACUCGAACAGACUGGACGCAACGCGGACGCCGCCGCCGACUGGCUCUUGAGUCAUAUGGAUGAUCUGGAGAUCCAUGUGCGGGAUUUUGAGCGUCGGCAAGCUGCAACGCCUGCUCGGACUAGUGGGCACUGGGAAAGCCAGUCCACGGCCCACUACGACUUGCUUGGGUUCGUGAGCCACAUGGGCAGCAAUACCCACAGCGGCCAUUAUGUGGCGCACAUCAAGAAGAACGGCAAGUGGAUCUUCUUCAACGAUGCCAAAGUCGCCGUCUCGGACACGCCGCCGUUUGGCGCGGGGUACAUUUAUCUGUACAGUCGUCGCCAGUCGCCCCCAACCAACUGAAAGGUCACUAAAGCACAUGUUGCACGGUGGUAUUGAUACUAUAUAUUCCUAAGAUCAAAGCAAUAGUGAGUGUAUCAGUAAUAAUACUAACUAGUACUAGUACUUAGUAUUAAUAAUAGUACAUGGUGUCUUAGAAACGGGGCGGUUGUGUCCACGAUGGCGACCA